AUGUUUUUUUUUAAAAAAAAUAAACAAAUAAAAAAGUCAACUAUAGCAAUACCUCAAGAUAAAAAUAUUACUGAUCUAGAUAAAAUUUCAGAGAGUUUAGACUCAUUUUCUAAACAUCUUGAUAAUGUUGAAGAUGAAGAUAUUAAUACAAAUGUUGACCUGAAUGAUGAUUUGGAUAACAAUAACUCAAAAAUAUUACAAUAUGAUCUUGAUGAAGUGACUAGAAAAGACCAGAUAACCAACUAUCUAAAGACAAAAUAA